AUGGACGAGAAAUACAUGCAAGCACAUGUACACCGUACAGCUACUGUACUUAUAGUGGCAUCUACAGUGCUCAAGUACCAGCGCUUGCUCCCCCAAGUCCAGGCCACCUACAGGCCCAUGGCCUGCCUACCCGGGAGCCUGGGCCGACGCUCACCAUUGGCACAGGUUGCUGGCAUGGAACGGCGAGUAUGCGUCGUUUUGAUGCGUCGUUUCGCACCAUCGGAAAAAAAGCAUCCCAUGCGCCAAAAGCAUCUCAUCAUCGGCGAUGCCGUCGUGCAUUGUUAUCCGUUGUCGAGCUGGGCCUUGUUGCUCGUCGACGCCGGAACAUCCGUCGGUCCUGGCCGUGAAAAUCAAUCACCGCCUGAUAAUCACGUGCGUGCUCGGUACUUGGAGGCCAUCGCCGUCGACACCUUCGACCUGCGUGCCCCGCGCCUGCGCCCCUAUCGUCCGUUAGCGGCCAUGUACACUUUCUCCACCACCUCGGAUCGUGCUUGCCUGCACAACCUCUCCUCCUCUCCGCCUCGGUGGCAAAGAAGCCAAACGACCAGCAGCAACAACAGCAGCAUCAUCAUCAUCAUCAUCAGCAUCAUCAUCAGCAGCAUCAGCAGGACAAGUGGCGACAGACGGCACGCGAGUCGCUGCCCCCCCCCCCCCCCCCCCCAUUGUCGCUUGCCAUCUGCUCGAGACCGGAAAUGGUCUACUACUACACCUCCACCGUCGUCGAGCCCUCGGCCUUCAUCUACGUCGGCAAGGACAAGUUUGAGAAUGAGGACUUGA